AUGGAUCCUGGGAAGCUGUUCAUUGGAGGGAUUUCCUGGGAUACUAAUGAAGACCGACUCAGACAGUAUUUUCAGAGCUUUGGUGAUGUGGUUGAAGCUGUGAUUAUGAAGGAUCGUACCACGGGACGUGCGCGUGGUUUUGGAUUUGUUGUUUUUGCUGAUCCUUCUGUUGCCGAACGAGUUGUUGUUGAAAAACAUGUCAUAGAUGGUAGAACUGUUGAAGCAAAAAAAGCUGUCCCUAGAGAUGAUCAAAAUGUGUUUAGCAGAAGCAACAGCAGCAGUCACGGGUCGCCGGGUCCUACUCCUAUUCGCACAAAGAAGAUAUUUGUUGGAGGUCUAGCAUCCACAGUUACUGAGAGUGAUUUCAAGAAUUACUUUGAUCAAUUUGGAACAAUUACUGACGUUGUUGUGAUGUAUGACCAUAACACACAACGACCUAGAGGUUUUGGAUUCAUCACAUUUGAUUCUGAGGAAUCGGUCGAGAAAGUGCUGCAUAAAACUUUCCAUGAGCUUAACGGUAAAAUGGUUGAGGUUAAGAGGGCUGUCCCCAAGGAGUUAUCUCCCGGUCCAAGUAGAGGCCAGCUAGGUGGAUUUAGUUACGGUACUAUGAAUAGGGUUAGUAGUUUUUCUAAUGGUUUCGCACAGGGAUAUAAUCCAAACCUCAUUGGAGGACACGGACUUAGAAUAGACGGUAGAUUGAGCCCUGCUAAUGUCGGCCGUAAUGGAUAUACUCUUUUCAGUCCAAGUUAUGGGUCAGGACUCAACUUUGAGCCACCAUUGAAUGAAAAUGAAAACUUGUCUAACUUUGUCAUGGGACGGGCAUUGAGCUCUCCGUACAGUGCAAGUCCGAGCCGGUACAAUAAUGCCAUGGGGUAUGUUGGUUCAAAUGUUGGCAACAAUUCAAACAUAGGUUCAACAAAUCAGAGUUUGUGGAGUAACGGAAAUCUUAACUAUGCUAAUAACCCUGCAAACCCCGACUCUUUUCUAGGCUAUGGAAAUGAAAGUUCAAGUAUCGGUUCUUUUGGUAAUAUCGGAUCACUCUGGAGUACCUCUGUCGGUGGUACUAAUCAAGCUGGAACUAUCGGGUCUGGAUAUGGUAAGAGCAAUCUUAAUUAUAGGCUUGGAGAUGUGAUUUUAGGGUCAAAAGCCGUAGGUUAUGGAAAGAGUAGUGAAGGCAUUGUUGAAUCAGAUUCAUCAUAUGCUUUCUCAAAUGGCGGUUACGGCGAGGCAUACAAAAGUACUUAUGACGCUGCACCGUUUUAUCAAGACCAUACUUGGAAUUCAACAACUUCUGAACUAGAGGAUCCCGGUUCUCUUAGUUUUGGCCUUGAAAAUGCUGUUUCGGAUUUAAUGCGCAAAAGCUCUAGUGGUGGUCACGUUGGGGCAUAUGCUGUUGCUAAUAGACAAUCAAACAGAGGAAUUGCUGCUUAG